ACGAUAGGAAAGGGGUAUUGAUGAAAGUCGUGUGUAUCUAAUGGCUCUGGCUUUCUUCAUCAGGACCAAUGUGGAAUAAUUCGUUCAGCUUUGUUCGUCUCCGGAAAUCAAGUCCCAUGUCUUCAGUCUGUACCUAUUUGGUUCGUACAAUCGUUUAAAACGAUUGUUUAGCUCGUUAGAAAGGGAAAUACGCAGCGGCUGCAAGCGACUUAAAAAUGGCGAUUCAAAAUUUUUUGCUCUUCAAUAGAGAUGCACUUUGAUCACCUAUUUCGACAAUCUUGUUAAAACAAACACAGUCUAAAUUAUUCUGUAAACAUAAAUAAGGCCUGUAAUGAGUUAAUAUCAUUUUUGUAAAAUAACUGGUAAAUAUAGAUAAGGUGAUCGGAACAAGUAAUGAGCAUCCAAAGAGACUUCCGACAGGCUUUCCUAUAGCUUAUUUGAUUUCUGAGGACUUCCCUCCGGUGAAAUAUUGAAAAAUUGCUCAAUACGCCGGUUUCCUUCAUCAAAAAAAAAGGGUGGCCUUGUCUGGGACUUGCAGCAAGGAAUGUAUGAUUUUGGGGUUGAAUUCCCUAUCCACUCCAUCCAGACUCCAUCCACUCCGAAAUGUAAUAAUCAAGAGAAUUAGUAAAAUAAAUUUGAUGCGACAAAUGCGUUAACAUAAAUUAUAAUAUUUAUGAUUGAUGUCGCUUAGAUACCACAUAAUAACAAUGUUUGUGUUUGGAAGAAUUCGUUAUGGCACAAAAAAAAUCGAACAUUUUUCUAAAAUUAUGCUUUGGUCUGUGUCACUUUCAAGUGAAUCAAAUUAAACGCGUAUAUCCGAACAUUUAUGACAAAGAAUGAGAAGUGUGUAUUAGCUCGGAAAAGCCAAAUGUGUUGCUCUUGGCCUAAGGCAAACCGUGUGCAUGCUGAAACUGUAAACCAGAACAUUGAGGUCCGCGAGGGCGAUGGUUACAUGUCGUUGUCCGCAAUCCAAAAUUGUGUAUUGUGUCUGAAGGUUGUGGUCGUGAAAACCUUCCGACAUCCCAAGUUAAUGGUUAUCAAUUGUCAAACGAAAGGACUUGCCACCUUGUGGUGUUUUUCAUUCAUGGUGUUGGUGGAAGUUCUGCUAUAUGGAAUGAACAAGUGGAGUAUUUUUCAAACUUGGGAUAUAGGGUUGUUGCCCCUGAUAUAUUAGGACAUGGUGGCAGUGCAACUCCACAGAACUCAGCCUUCUAUACAUUCACCGAACUCUCCUAUGAUAUGUUUGCUGUAUUUGAUCGCUUUCGAAAUGAAAAGAAGAACAUCCUUGUUGGACAUUCAUAUGGCUGCUCAUUUUGUGCAAAGAUUGCUUCAAGCCACGCCAAGUUUCAAAAUGAUCCUAAUCAGUGGUGGUGGACCAAUACCAUUGAAUCCACCACCAUGCCACUUCUUCUGUCUACCUUCAAUAAUCCUUGCAUGUCUUAAAUCAUGUGUAAUAUGGAGAUUUCAAAGAAUGAGUUUUCAUGGUCGUUCAUCUCAAGAUAAAAUUCAUUUAUAUCAAGCUUUUAAAGCUCCUACUCAUGUUUUACGUGCCAUAAUGGUUGGUCAGAGAUGGAAUGAAGGGGAUGAACAACUUCACUCAGAUAUAAUGGUGCCCACUUUAUUGAUCUAUGGAAACAAUGACAAGCUAGUUACCAUGGAAGAGGAGAUGCAUAUGAAUCAGACUAUUUAUGGCUCAACCCUGGAAGUUUUGGAUGAUGUAGGACACAUGGUAAUGCUAGAAUGUAGCCAGAGGGUGAACGAACUCAUUAGGCAAUUCCUCUGUCGCGAUGUUUCAACAAAAUCUGAUCAGUUAAUAGCAAAUCAAAGUGAACCUGGAUUGGAUGGUGCAUGUUAAGACAAAUCCAAUAACUAUACACAAUUUUCAAUCCUGUUUUACUUUCUGAGGAAUGUAAAAUUAGCAAGUCUGGAGAGUUCUUGUUGGCAAAUGCUAAGCAUUCUUCAUCUUGUACCUUCCAAAACUGACAUACUAUUGUCAACAAUCAUGAUCAAUAUUUCAUGAACAUGAGCAAUUCAAAAGCAAGCUUAUUAUUAGAUGCACAAUUAAAUAGUUUCAUGUCCUAGGAUUUAUUCUCUAUCAAAAUUCUGUAAACAUUCAUUGAUUUCACAAGGCUAUAAUUAUGGGUUGUACAAAUAUCAAUAGAAUGACUUUACCCAUAGACUACAGUAAUGCAACCCACAUUUAAUCAUUCCUCAUAAAAAUGUUGUACAUUUAGGCUGUAAAGUUUUUAUUAAUUGAUUAUGUACAAAGAUACAUAUGAUUACAUAUGCAUUUUAACGCCUACAA